AAAUGUUAAUUUGUAUACAUGUCUGUAAAAAAACUGGUAAAGAAAUUGAAAACUUCCAUAGGCUUAUUUGUAUUUAAUUUGGUAUUUAUUGCCAUUUAAACACCAUGACAUUUAAGACCUAAGUAAACCAAUGACCUGGUGUAAACAAAAGUAAUUAGCCUUAUCACUAGUAUAUACUGCCAGGCAUGCCCUGUUGGUCAUUUUUGUAUUAUUUAUUUAUUUAUUUACUUUUUGAUAUUGCAAUUACUUACAUUUUAAAUGAACUGUUCGUGGAAUUCAUGAAACAGAUUUAGCAUGUUUAGGAUUGUCCUUCAAAUGAUGUUUAUGACGACACUGAAGUCGUACCAAAGUCAGUUUAUCAAACUUAACUUGGCAUUACUUAUUAAGCUGUUAUGUUAGCCAAGACUUGCAUUGAUUAAAGCAAAAGUUGUUUUUAUGCUUUUAUGUGGUUACAUGGUUUUGACAUGUUAAGAAUAUCUAUUACUAGGGAUUAUUAGACAUAUAAAUAAAUGUAUGUAAAUGAGAAAUUUUAAAAUAUUAAUAAUUUACAACAAUAAAAACCGUAUGACUAUGGAAGAGCUGAUUUCUAAGUUUGUAUAAUGUUAUUGUUUGUUGUUUUUUUACUUUUUUUACAGCUUUUUAAAUUAUUUGUCUGACAUACAUUUAUCUAUCUUUUCAGAUAGUGCUCACAAUUAUAACAUUUAUAAUUCCAGUUAUACGUUAUUCAAUAAAGUUAAUUGUGACGUGACAGUUUUAUGCACUGAAUUACAUUUUCAUUACACCAAUGGUGAAGGUUGCAGCGUGUUUAUGUUUUGUGUGAAAUUUAAUUAUUUUGGGAAGUAUUAAAUGUCGCAGAAAUUUGUAUAGCACAAAAGUAUUUUUGGUGUGUAGCACAACGCACGAUUAGCUUAUUUGUUGAAAAUAGCAAAAAGUUCAUGCUUCAUUAAAAUGCUUUACAAUAAUGUCAAAGCUGUCAAGCAUUUAAUUUUUAUGAACUAUUUAAGGUCAUCUACAGUUUUCAGUUUUGCUAAGAUAAGUUAAUUUUCUAUUCUUUAAAAUUACGUAACUUUCUCAAUAGUUGAUAAACACUUAUUUAAUUAAUAAUUUAAAACAUUGUAAUUCAUGAUGUCUUGUCAUUUUGAAUCAGUAUUUAUGUUAUAUGUGUUCAUUUAAGAUUAUAUCGGUACUGGUAUUAUUCUGGUAUCUAUUAUUCAGCCGACAAAUUUUGUUAACAAAAGACCGGAUUCAAAGGACGUAGUACGAGGGCAAUUCAAGGCCUUACCUCCUAUACAACAAAAUCGGACACGUAAUGAUCUGUCCACUGUUUUCGAAGCAGAGCCUUGGACGGGUAACAAAAAUCCACCACUAGCAGACGACACAGAAUAUAAACAGAAUUACUUUUUAGGACGCGAUUUCGACCGAGAAAUGGAACAACAUCAUUCGCAUGUUGGCAAGGAUUUUUAUUUUGUGUCAGAGUCGGAGCGUAAAAAUCUUUUCAUGCUUCUUCCGAGAAAUGUUCUAUUACCAGUGGAUCCUAUCAAAUUAACUCGGGAACAGGAAACAAAUCUGUGUAAAUUAAUUUGUAAUGAGUUGAAUAGAUUUGAUCCGAAGGAAUUAAGAGAAGUGUAUAUUGAGUGUAGCCAGCAUGACAAAGAGUUGCGUGGAUUUUGUGGAAUAGAAAUAUUGGAUAACAGUCUUAGGAGACACAAGGCUUAUAUGCCAGAAACAUUGAGGCUUGUGGCUGCCCAAUUUGUUGAUCCGAAUUAUCCAGGCAAAGUGAAUUACGAAAAGACGCUCUCAUUUAUUGGGUCGGCACUUCACCUAAACUCUAAUGGACAAUUAGAUAAACGGCAUAGUCCUGCCCCAAAACGAGAAGAUAUAGUUGACCCUGAUAAAGAUGAUCUUAACAGGUCUCAAGAGAAACAGCCAAAGUACUACAUGCAAAAUGGAGAAUCGUUCAAAACUGGUUCAAUUUAUCGUGACCGAGAAGUUGCCAAACUUUUGCGUCUGGUUGAGCAAGAGCUCUCAAAGAACACGUAUGCGAUGGAUUGGACUCGAUGGCAAAACAGCUUCUAUGAACGUGACAGAGACCAUCGCGACACACUCUCUGCUGCUCAGAUUAAGGACAUAUGCUACGACCAAAAAUUGCCUUUGUCUGACUCUGUUAUUAACCAAAUAUUGAACCUGUGUGAGGACAACAAUAGAGAUGGCCAAUACAGAUGGCACUCCUUUUUGGAGUUUUUGCAACGUGUGCGUCCAUCAAAUACCGGUCUACCGAUUCCAGUAAGUAAACGUCCCCUGGAAUACGCCAAACAUUAUCCCGAACCCGUGCCAAACUGGCCUCGAACAGACGCCGAUACUGAGAGACGAGGAACGUCCCCACGACGAGAUGUUUCACCACGAAGAGGGGAAAACAGACGUGAUGACAGUAGGGGUCAGACCCCAGUUCUGAAAGUUGCCACACCACGAGAAAGAAUUGAAAAGAAACCGGAAGAAAAUAGAGCAAACACACCAAAGACAGCUUACGCAAAUCAAGGAUUUAGCAGCACAAAUCAUAAAAGUGUCCAAUUCUAUGCGCCAAAAUAUAAGUAUUUAAUGGAAGCUAGUUCUCCAGAAAGGUGUAGAUCCCGUGAAAGAAUAUCACCUCAAGACAGGAUAUUGUAUCAUGAUCGACCCACAUUGCCAAAGCUUAGACUUAACUCGCCAUCCCCCAUUAAUAAGAGUCCACCGCCAGCCAGUCCUAGGGAGCGAAACAAGCGUACAAGAUACCACCAUGAUCUGAAUCCCGCGAGAGACGACAGUGACGAACCAUUUCAAAACUUUUACAAAAAUGAAUAUGAUAGGUUUACUACAAAUGAAGAUAAUUAUAAAGGCUGGCAAAGAGAUGAAAAGGACAAUUGGCGUGGGGACAAAGAAACGAAAUGGCGUGGGUACGGUGGAGAUAAAUGGGCUGAUAAUUGGAACUAUCGAGAUAAUAACAUGAGGAGAAUGUCCAUUGCGGAAAGGCCAAGUGUUUAUGAGCCAAGCUGGCAACAGAAUGCACAGCAAAGAUCCGUUUCGCCUCCGUAUCCCAGAAGAGGACCGGACCGUGACACGUUUAGACGAGAUGAGAGACCGGAAGAUUCGGCUUAUGAACGCCAUUGGAGGAAGUGGGCUUUUAAAAGUUACAGAGAACCUAGAGAGAUACAACGACUUGGAAGUCGUAAUGAGCGACCAAAAUCGUACGCUGAUCCACCGAGGAAAACCUCAAUCCCAAUUCUUGAGGGAAAACGCAGACGACCAUUUUCGUAUAGAGAAGAUAUAAGAGUUCAAGACCAGUCUUUCGGAAGACCUCAAUCGCGUCUUCAAACCCCACUCCGAAGAACCCAAAGUCUUUCACCGGUCAGAAAUAUGUCCCCAGUAAGGGGGCAACCGAACCCUUAUAUAUUCAGAGAUACCUAUGGUGCUCAAACAUAUAGGGAGUACACUAGUAACCGACAGCAAUAUCCGUACGAGAAUAUGAAUGCUUACAACAAUAGAUACAACGAUCGUGACCGUGACGAUUACCAGCGUGACGGCAGAAACUCUUACCGUGACGAUUACCAGCAACGUGACGGUCGCAAUUCUUACCGUGACGGUUACAGACAAGGUGACGGGUAUAGAUAUGCGGGUGGCGGCGGUGGAGGUGGUCGAGGAGGUGAAGGACCACCUAGAGAACGGGAACAACAGAUUAUGCAGUUGUCACAACAGCUUCAUGAUCUGGAAUCAAAAUACGAGGUAACAAAAGAGGCAAUUAGCAGUCGAGACAAACCGUGGUUGGACCGGUAUCUGAAAUUGGCACAGGCUUUGUAUGACAGUGAUAUAUCAAAUAAAGGCAGUCUCCCGAGGAAAGAUGUGAUGGCUAUUGUUAACCAGUACAACAAUGCCUUUAACUUGAAAAUAGAUAUAGACCGUGCCAAUAUGCUGUCCAUCUCUCCGGAAAAUCUCGACAAGUCUGGCAACAUCAUUCUCCGUUCCUUCCUAGCCAAUCUUUCUGCUGACAGAAUAUCCUACAAAGUGUAGACAAAAAGACAACGACCUGUAAUACGUAGUGAACAAAGUUAACUGUUUAUCUAGAUUCAUUUUUAGAACUUAUACCGUAUUCAUUCAAGGAAACAUAAAGAACUUUGAUAAUGAAUAAUGAAAAAAAAAACACUGAACAAGUCGCGAACAGAUUUUCCUAUGCAAAUCAUAUUGUUAUCUAUAAACCAUGAUUCUAUAAAUGUUUUAGAAUAAUUUUGCAAGCCAAACCAAAGUGGCUUAGACAGUGACCAAGAAAUAAAAAAAAAUCAUAAAUAUUCCUGUUAACAUUAGAAUGAAGAUAUUACUUGUUAACAAUUGACAACAAUCUCUUUUUUUCUGUUUGCUAUAUGAUUAGUUUAUUUCAGCUUCGUUAACCAAAUGAAUAUAUUUUAUUAUAUACAUUUGUAGUUAUGAGCAAAUUUAACAAAAAAAUAAAUAUGUAUGGUACUUCCAUUCUACAAAUAUUGAAAAAAAAUCCUGUCGUUCUUUUACUAUGAACUUAAACCUGAAAAAAAAACAUUUUCUUGUAUCAACCUUUGGCUUCCGAAUUUAUUUACAUUUUGUUUUAACUUAAACCAAAGGUUGCAAAUAUUGUAACCAUUACCUGGUGCCAUCAAACUUUAGAAACAGAAUACAUUGACAUUUUUACAAAUGUUAUCAGUUUUCAGUUACAACAGAAAGCUACAAUUUAUGUUAGAUAAGGCUGCAUAUCUUUGGGUCGAUGUCUACGCAGCUGUUCUUCAUAUUUAAUCAACCCUACGAGCAUACAUUACACUGCCUUUUGAUACUUUUAUAUAUCUGAAAUAAAUAUAUCUGAAAUCAUAUAUCUAUUUUUAAAUUGUUUGAACUUUAAGUCAGGUUUAACAAAAUCUCCAUUAAGAUGUGAUUUCUUUUAAAUAAAUUUCAGACAAUUGAGCAAUACGGUCAUCUAAAACAUUUUCGAUUAUCGGGCUUUUACUAUGAAAUAUACGGUCAUAAAUGUUAAGCACUUUAUCAAAUUAUAUAAUUAUAUAAAAAUCUUGAUAAUGACACACGAUUCUACAUAUACUAUAAUGAUAAUGUUAUUAACAUGUUAUUAUUUAGUCAUUAAGCCUGUGAUAGAAUGUCCGUCCUCAUCUUCUAAUUGAUAUUUACAUAUAAAUUUGUAUUUUAUUUAUAUAUGUAUUAUUUUUUUGUAUCAUAAAAACCUGUGAUAUCAUUGAUGUAUUUGUCCAAAUCGUAGUAAUUGAUUGAGGAAGUCAUGUGAUAGGUCAUUUUCAUGUUCAAUAGCACGUGAUCUUUUCAGUUUAAAUAUUUCAUAAGUUUAAUCGGGAAAAUAUCGAUUAUUGUGGGUUUCUUUUUUUAACAUAAGAAUAAAAUUUGUAUUGUACUUUACUUAAAGCAACGCAUGUGUUAAUAUUUAUGUAUACAUAUUUAACUGUGAUAUUUUUCCUCUCUAAGUUCAUUACUUUAGAGUACAUGUUUGGUUUCUCCUAUUAAUACAGGAAGGGCUAUAGGUUUUAAUUUAUAAAUUUUAUAUACGUAUUGUCCCAUCUUAUCUUAUUUAUUUCAUUGACAAAUAUCUUCUAUAUUAAUGUGUAUUUGUUUCAUUUUUAUGUGAAGUAAUAACUAAAUAAAUGUAGUUUCUUA